AUGAUCAGGCUCCACGGCACCGCGAUCCCCGGUCGUUACAGGUUUCAUGGUGAGCCGUCAUCAGCAAGGCUCGAUGAAAUUACUGAGCUCCGCAGCCAGCCACAAGGCCUGAUAUUGGUGCCACCCCCGCUGCGAGACCCCUCCAUCGCCUCCAAUCUGGGCCGCCAGAUUGGCCGCUGCGAGAUCGCCCCAAAAUGA